UUAUGAGCCCAGAGAUCGCAAGUGAGAGGGCCAAAAUUCAGCGAAUGCUGCAUAGAUAUAUAAGCCGGCGGAACUUGACACACGGCAUCAGUUUGCUAACAAAGCCGAUCUAAGCACAACAGAAAUGGCAUUCAAGCUCUUCGUAUUCGCUGCCUUCGUGGCUGCAGCUAACGCUGGCAUCAUCGCUCAGGCCCCAGUGGGAUACGCUCACGCUGCCCCGGCUUACGUUCACGCUGCCCCGGCUUACGCCCACGCCGCCCCCGCUUACGGAUACGCCGCCCCCGUCGCUAAGGCCGUCGUGAAGACCGUAGACGCCGACUACGACCCCAACCCCCAGUACAGCUACUCUUACGACGUCCACGACAGCCUGACCGGAGACGCCAAGAGCCAGCAGGAGACCCGCAACGGAGACGUCGUCGAGGGCAGCUACUCCCUCGUCGAGGCCGACGGCAGCCGUCGCGUCGUCCACUACACCGCCGACCCCCACAACGGAUUCAACGCCGUCGUUGAAAAGGAACCCGCCACCCACGGACCCGUCGUCGCCAAGUACGCCGCCGCCCCCGUCGUCGCCAAGUACGCCGCUGCCCCCGUCGUCGCCAAGUACGCCGCCGCCCCCCUCCACUACGCCGCCCCCGUCCAACACGGAUACUACCACUGAAAUGUACCUACGUAGAUGACUAGCACCUCUAUUUAUAUUAUGUUGUAUAUAAAAUAUAUUUCCACAUAAAUUAUCGUCCA